GUUCGGGUGUGCCUCGUGGCUUGCUUGUUGAGGGGUCCCUGCCAGGGCUUGGGACUCUGAUUCACGGCAUCCGCGAUGACACGCAUGUUCAGUCGCGCCGACGCAGGGGCGCGCCGGAACCUAUCGUCCGUUCCUUCCUCUUGUUCCGACCACGUGACUGACUCGUCUUGGGCGAGUGCUUUCCCCUUGGCUUACCCUGCACGGCGAAGGCUCGUCCAUCGGCCGCGACUAUUGCCCUGUUGAUGACGACGAUGGCGCGCUUGAUGACAUGUUGGAGUAGGCGGAUUCUGGAAGUAGUGGUAGGGCCAAAAAAGGAAGACUGACAUGUUGUCGUGGUGCCUGGGCGGGAUGUGACUUAGUGCCCGCAGAUCGUGGCGUCGUGAAGUCGUGCACGUUGUCCUGUGGGACGACGAGACUGGCCUCACCAAUAGCUGACAACGGGCGGGAACGCUGUUAUUUACGAGACGAUGACGCUCUACGGGACAGAGCAGUAGUUACUACCACAAUCGCGACGCCGAGCCCUGCGUGCUAAACGUAGGGUGUCGGCAUAGUCUACACCUCACGAGGACCAGCAGCUGAGCUUGACUGACUCCCAUGUUCCCGCCCGCGUGGGCGGCAACAGCCGGCGUCAGCGCUGCCACAUCGAGCAGCCCUUCCAUCAUGGAAGUCUUGCCGCCGCCGCCGCCGCCGUAGCCAACGCCAUCCACCACCACAACCGCCACCAGCAGCGGCCCUCCCUGCCUCACGAUCCUCCGCUACACAGACUCGAGACGGCGCGCGGCACGGACGCCCGAGUUGAAGGCAGCCUACCAUAUCCAUUGGCCUACCACGUCUCAUCACCUUUCGUACCAGGAAACGCGAGACGCGCCGGAGUCGGCCGGCCGGGACACGCCGCAGGGUCCUGACAGUCGCUACCAGUAAAAAAACGGCUCAUGGCCUCACAUCGUCGCGCGCCGGAGAAGGAUCACCCCGUCAGUAAGUUAGUACACUUCGUAGUCGUGGCUCGUAAGGCGGCGACUCUUGGGUGAGGGGCGCCGCGGAUCCCACCCCCACCUUCUUCUGUCUGCUCGCCGAAGGAGGGGCAGCCACGCGACGACAACGUCUUUUCUCGCAUCCGCCCCCCGGCGCUCUCACGGCACUCCGUCCCCAUCUGUAAAUUAUAUCAAAUCCCCAUCAUAUUCUGCGUCGCCUCCGCCUCCUGUGAUUGAACAUUAAUCCGUUGAACCCCCCAAAACGCCCGUGGUUCUGCUCCUGCACCGAACAAACGUCCUCUGUCCACAUCACAACGACGACCGACCUGACCCUCACAAUGGCGCCGCACAAAAUCAUCAUCGACACUGAUCCAGGCAAGAGACUGAUCUCCUCAUUUGCUACCCAGCAGUGUUAGGAUGGAGGGACGAGGCUAACCUUGCGCACAGGUGUCGACGACAUCAUGGCCAUGCUGCUCGCCCUUAGCGCCUCCCCCGAGGAGCUCGAUGUCGCCAUGAUCUCAGUCACAUACGGCAACGUUCCCCUGCAAAGCUGUCUGCGUAACGUGGUCGCCCUCUUCCAUGUCCUGGAGAAGGAGCUCGCGUGGCGGAAGGAAACUGGCCGCCCCGAGGGCUACGGCGCCAUGAAGGCCUCCAAGCCCAUCGUUGCCGUCGGCCCAGAGCACCCUCUUGAAGAUGAGUGCCUCAUGGCUGAUUACUUCCACGGCGAGGAUGGCCUGCACAAUGUCCACAAAGUACAUCCCCAUCUCAGCCCCGCCGAUACCUGGGGCUCCCUCUUCACAGACAAUGAGGCGUCCGGUGAUCAAACCACCGCCUCGUCCCUGUUUACACCCUCCAAGAAGCCCGCCCACAAAGAGAUCCUCCGCAUCCUCCGCGAGAACCCCGUCGAUACUGUCUCCGUCCUCGCCGUUGGACCCCUGACGAACGUCGCUCUUGCCGCUGCUGAGGAUCCCGAGGCCUUCCUCCGCAUCAAGGAGCUCGUCGUCAUGGGUGGUGCCGUCAACGUCGAGGGAAACGUCACGCCCUGCGCCGAGUUCAACUGCUACGCCGAUGCAGUUGCCGCGGCUCGCGUCUACGCCCUCACCUCCUUCAACCCGUCGUCAACGAUGCCUCCCUUGCCCGCUAAGUUGUCGACCUUGCCACCGUACCCGCCCAAGCUGUCCCGUCGGCUGAAGCUCACCAUCGCGCCUCUUGACAUCACCACUCCGCACCUCAUCACCAAGAGCUUCUUUGCGGAUAGGGUCCAACCGCACAUUGACGCUGGAAGCCCCCUGGCCGUGUGGACAUCGCAUUUCAUCAAAGGCGCGUUCAGCAAGAUCGAGUCCAUGGAGGGCGACGGCAACGAGCCGGGCCUGUCUCUACAUGACCCGCUCACUGUAUGGUACAUGAUCACCCACGACGAUCCUCAAUGGAAGUUCCCGGCAAAGCUCGAGGAUAUUCGCAUCGAGACGUCUGGCCAGUGGACGCGCGGUAUGCACGUCGUCGACAACCGCCUGAGAGCAAAGCCGGCUGAGGUGGCUGCGGCUGUUUCGGAGGAUCCCCGAGAGGACCCCAAAGUCGUCACCAUCGACGAGGUCCCCGGCGACACCAUGGGCUGGAUGAGCAUCCUUAAAGGCAACAAUGUUGGUCGCCUCAUCGCCUCGCCAGGCGAAGAUCUCUUCAAGGAAGUGUGGAUGCAGCGUGUCUUUGCGCAAUCGUAGAUAAAAGGCUUCCUUUGAAGAGGUACAGCGUCAGCAUAAUGAAAAGCUAUGACAAUUGUGACCGCGGGAGUCGUGUGUCCCAG